AUGGCAUCUAGCUUACCUCCUAUCCAGUCCGAUGACUCCAAAAUAUGCGUGGUGAUGGUUGGUCUCCCUGCACGAGGCAAGAGUCUCAUUGCAGGGAAAGCCAUGCGAUAUUUGGCUUGGGUGGGAAUCCCUGCCCGUGUGUUCAACGUCGGUAGCUACCGACGAAAUAACACCCCGCAGCCACAGGCGACCUUCUUUGAUCCCCACAAUGCUGAGGGUGAACGUAUGCGCCGGGCUGCCGCGGAAGGUGCCUUGUCCGAUAUGCUAGCAUGGUUCCAAGCAGGCAAAGGAACAGUUGCGAUCUUAGACGCGACAAAUUCCACAAAAGAACGCCGCAAGUGGAUUCAUGAGCAAUGUACUGCGGCAAAUGUCGAAACGCUUUUCGUUGAAUCUAUCUGUGACGAUGAAGAUUUGAUUAUGACGAAUAUUCUAGAAGUGAAAACCACUUCGCCGGAUUAUAAGGGUCAAGACCCUGAGUUGGCCGCUUUGGACUUCCGAAAACGCAUUCGUAAUUACGAAAAGGUCUACGAGACGAUCGAUGACGGCGAGAAGCAAUACACUUACGUUAAGCUGAUCAAUGUUGGAUCGACUGUCAUUAUCAAUCAGAUCAAGGAUUACUUAUCCAGUCGCCUGGUAUAUUACAUUCAGAACUUGCACAUUAAACCACGAUCAAUCUGGUUAUCUCGACACGGUGAAUCGGAAUACAACCUGACUGGACGUAUUGGUGGAGACUCUAAUAUUUCAGAGCGCGGUGAAGCAUACGCUAGUGCACUACCAGAGUUAAUGCGCAAGUCCGGAAUCCCAGAAAACACCAAGAUUGUAAUCUGGACCUCUACCCUUCGUCGCACCAUCCAAACAGCCCGCCACCUCAAAGCCGAAACAAGCUUCGAGAAACUAGAAUGGAAAGCACUAGACGAGCUGGACUCUGGUGUCUGCGAUGGCCUGACCUACGAAGAAAUCGCCGAGAAGUACCCUGAAGACUUCGCCGCCCGCGACGAGGACAAAUACAAUUACCGCUACCGUGGUGGAGAAUCCUAUCGUGAUGUCGUCAUUCGCCUUGAGCCCAUUAUCAUGGAACUAGAACGCAGCGAAAACGUCGUUAUCGUCACCCACCAAGCCGUCCUACGAUGCAUAUACUCUUAUUUCAUGAAUGUUCCUCAAGAAAAGUCUCCGUGGAUGGAAGUUCCAUUGCAUACACUGAUUAAACUUACCCCUCGCGCGUAUGGUACAGAGGAACAACGCUUCAAGGCGGAUAUCCCUGCUGUAUCUACGUGGCGUGGGAAGGGCACAUCAGCGAAACAUCAGGAUUUUCCGGCGGAUGGACAUGAAGAACUUGGACAAAAGUAG